UAAGAAAAGAUUGCUAUGUACUUCGGUGGUAAGGGAUGGAGACGUGCAUUAAAAAACCAGUUGCAUCACCCAGAGACUCUCAGCUUCUAAUAUUUUGUUAUGGCUGAUAUUAAUAAUCAUGGAUUGUCCAUAAUGUACGUCAACUAUAGAUUGAAAUAAAGUAGCAGAAACCUCUGACUAAGUAAGCUCCUUAUGUGACUUAAACGUUGGUAAAGGUGAUUUUUGUUGGGUUUAAAGUGUUAGAUUCUGUUGAAGCCCUGAGGGAUAGGGGCAUAGUCACAACUGGCAGUUGUGGUUUUGGGGUUUUUUUUGUUUUUUGUUUUUGAGAUGGAGUCUUGCUCUGUCACCCAAGCUGGUGUGCAGUAGCACAGUCUUGGCUCACUGCAACCUCCGACAUCCGGGUUCAAGUGAUUCUCCUGCCUUAGCCUCCUCCUGAAUAGCUGGGAUUACAGGUGCCCACCACCAUGCCCAGCUAAUUUUUGUAAUUUUAGUAGAGAUGGGGUUUCACCAUGUUGGCCAGGCUGGUCUCAAACUCCUGACUUCAGAUGAUUCACCCGAUUUGGCUUCCCAAAGUGCUGGAAUUACAGCACCCAGCCACAACUGGCAGUUUUUAUUGUCCAGCGGCAAAAGGGACAGAGAAGACUGGGAGUCCAGAGCACACGCUAAACAGGGUUUUCCUUAGGCAAGAUUAAGGCUUAUCUCGUGGCCCUUUUCCCACCAGCAUGAACAGGUGCUUUUGUUUUUGUGAAGAAGAAAAUCACGAGAGAUCAAAUCAGUUUUGCGCUCACGGUCCGCAUUCUUUCUCAUUCAGUACUGAUCAGUUUGAUCACAAUCUUAGUUAACCUUCUUUGCCAUAUGCAGACUGUUCCUCUUACGACUUGGAAAAAUGUCACCCUUUGGUGGAUGAAAUUAAGCUAGGACAACAAACUUUUCUAUUCAGACCAUUCACAGCUGCUUUCCCUUUGCAGCAGUGAGCUUUUAUUCACUUAGACGUCAGUUGGUCAGAUGCAACAUUUGGUAUCCAUUUUACCUUUCAUGUACUGCCAAACUAGCACAAGUGUUAAAAUCACUUGUGACUACAGACAUUUAGUCACAGGGGAGUGGAAGCUCUCCAUCUUGCAAGAUUACUUAUAACACAUUGGCAUAUUGAGGUGGUUGUGAAUUACUCUGAAGACUCUUGGGUUAACCUCCAUUUCAGCUAAUCAUGGGAGAGAUUAAAGUCUCUCCUGAUUAUAACUGGUUUAGAGGUUCAGUUCCCCUUAAAAAGAUUAUCGUAGAUGAUGAUGACAGUAAGAUAUGGUCGCUCUAUGAUGCGGGUCCCCGAAGUAUCAGGUGUCCUCUGAUAUUCCUGCCUCCUGUCAGUGGAACUGCAGAUGUCUUUUUCCGGCAGAUUUUGGCUCUGACUGGAUGGGGUUACCGGGUUAUCGCUUUGCAGUAUCCAGUUUAUUGGGACCAUCUCGAAUUCUGUGAUGGAUUCAGAAAACUUUUAGACCAUUUACAAUUGGAUAAAGUUCAUCUUUUUGGCGCUUCUUUGGGAGGCUUUUUGGCCCAGAAAUUUGCUGAAUACACUCACAAAUCUCCGAGAGUCCAUUCCCUCAUCCUCUGCAAUUCCUUCAGUGACACCUCUAUCUUCAACCAAACUUGGACUGCAAACAGCUUUUGGCUGAUGCCAGCAUUUAUGCUCAAAAAGAUAGUUCUUGGAAACUUUUCAUCUGGCCCAGUGGACCCUAUGAUGGCUGAUGCCAUUGAUUUCAUGGUAGACAGGCUAGAAAGUUUGGGUCAGAGUGAACUGGCUUCAAGACUUACCUUGAACUGUCAAAAUUCUUAUGUGGAACCUCAUAAAAUUCGGGACAUCCCUGUAACCAUUAUGGACGUGUUUGAUCAGAGUGCACUUUCAACUGAAGCUAAAGAAGAAAUGUACAAGCUGUAUCCUAAUGCCCGAAGAGCUCACCUUAAAACAGGAGGCAAUUUCCCAUACCUGUGCAGAAGUGCAGAGGUGAAUCUUUAUGUACAGAUACAUUUGCUGCAGUUCCAUGGAACCAAAUACGCGGCCAUUGACCCAUCAAUGGUCAGUGCGGAGGAGCUUGAGGUGCAGAAAGGCAGCCUUGGCAUCAGCCAGGAAGAACAAUAGUUGUCUCUUGCUGUCAAUGAUAAGUUGACCCGGUGUGUUCUCAUAUAGUCCGUGGCAUCAGCGUCCACCAGCUGGCCUUUUCCUUCAGGUUCGUCAGGCUCACCGGUUCUCACUGUGUCUGGGAAGUAGGACUGAUGGUCAUCUUCAUGACAGGUGGCAGCUCCACUAAGCCCGUGUAACUGUUUGCUCUUCGGUUUUCUUAGCUUUUGAAUUUGAAGAAGUACUUUUGAAGACUCCCGUUUUCAGAACUGUGCAAAUUUUGCUACCAAAAGUCUUCAUCACUGUGUUCUUAAGUGAAUGUUAACUUCUGAGGUUUGGGAUUUUGUGGGGACUUUUUUUUCUUCUUUACCUUUCUUCUUUCUUUCCUUCUUUUUUUAAUGUUUGCUGCCAAUGCUGCAUCCAGAUUGCAUAUCAGGUCAUUGAGUAUUUUAUGCUUUCUGGAUAUAACGUUAUCAGCGUGCCAUGGCUAUCACCCCACUGUUUGCUCUCCUGCAAAUCAACUGCUUUUAAUUUACACUUAAGCAAAUUGUUCUGAGUGUUAGCUACUGUCUUUCUAGAUAUUACAGUCAUUUGGAAUAAAAAUUCAAUUUCACCGA